GUAGCCGUUGACGGCUCUUGUAGUUGACGGAUCGAUUACACUUCUAUAAUAUUUUAUUUUCCCUUUUUCAUUUGUUUUGUGGGGGGAAAAAGAAAAAGGAGUACAAGUAAGCUUGACUGCACACACAUCCGUCUACAGUGGUCCCAAUCUGAUCAAUACUAAUCAUUUAUUAUUAUCAUCAUCAUCAUUAUUGUUAUUAUUAUUAUUGAGGCUUGUUGCUGCGUGAGCUGUCCGGAUUUGGUAGUGUGUUAGAGCUUUAGGAGGUGAUUAUACUCAGGGCUGGCUAUAAGACUGAGCUAGCGAGCUAACGUUAACGUUUAUUCAUAACCUAAUCCACCGAUAACAACCUCGAGACGAGUCGGAACAAGACCAGUCUCAGGGCUCACCAUACUCAAUGAGCGUGCAGCGCAAUGUCAGAGCGCUCUGGGCAAACAGCAAAGGGGAAGGAUGGCAAAACCAAGUAUGCGUCUCUCAACCUGUUUGAUACCUACAAAGGAAAGAGCCUUGAAGUACAGAAGCCUGUUGUUGCCCCUCGUCAUGGCUUGCAGUCUCUUGGUAAAGUUGCCUCUGCACGGCGCAUGCCCCCCCCAGCCAACCUGCCCAGUUUGAAGGCGGAGAACAAAGGCAACGACCCCAACGUCUCGCUCGUUCCCAAAGACGGCACAGGAUGGGCAAGCAAGCCAGAAUCAGCAGACCCAAAGAGUACCGAUGUAUCGUCAGCACCGCAGCCGGAGUCGCAGCAGCCUGCGGCUUCACAGAUGCCUGCACCGAGCCUGCCGAGAACUCCUCCAGCUCAAGAGGCCCAAACUCCAGCUAUAGCCGCAGGGCCAAGGUCCUGGGCUCCGGCCAGUGUUACACAUGGAGUACAAGGAGAUGGUGGAAAGGGAUCAAACCAACCGUCGCCAUUCUCUCGCGAGGAAUUUCCCAGCCUGCAGGCGGCGGGAGACCAGGACAAAGCUGGCAAAGAACAGGCCACUGCAGAUCAGUGGUAUGGGCCAGGACCAAGCCUCCGCCCCCAGAAUGUGACGAGUUGGCGGGAUGGUGGGGGCCGCGCACUGGCGCCCACCAUAGCAGGGGAGGGGGUAGUGGAGGGUGGUGUUGGGGGAGCCAUGGGAAUGGAGGGUGCAGCUGGGGCCGCCCUCCUUCCAAAUCCCUCCCAUGGACCCACCCUCCCCCUCCCCCAGCCUCCGGUUGGCCCGCAGUUCCCUCCUUACAGAGGACUCAUGCCUCCAUUUAUGUACCCACCAUACUUGCCCUUUCCACCGCCGUUUGGUCCACAAGGGCAGUACGGGUAUCCACCACCCAAUGAGGCCCCUAGAUUCUCUCGUUCGCAGGGUGGGCCUGCGCCAGAGGGGAGGCCACCUGGUGGCCCCCGUGGUGAGGUGGUUAAACGCCCUUCCAUCCUAAAGCAGGAUGACCUCAAGGAGCUGGAUGAGCUAGACCAUGAUGGAGAUGAAGGAUGGGCUGGUGCACAAGAGGAGAUUGACUACUCAGCCAAAUUAAAGUUCAGCGAUGAUGAAGGUGAAGAUGAGGGGGAUGAAGAGGAGACUGAAAGCAAGAAUGGAAUUCUGGAACAAAGGGAGCAGCAGAAAUCCCAAGACGGACCUGCUCCGAGUUCACGUUCCCGGACGUCUGAGAGCGGAAGCAACGCAAGGCACACACCUCCUGUCCCCACUGAUGAGGUUACCCCAGCACCCUCCGGCAAGCCAAACUGGGCCGAGGAGGGGGGAAGCAGCUGGGGUGGUCAGACGAGUGCUGGACCCUAUCAGGGGCGUAGGCCUGGAUACGGUGGCCCUCGGGAGCAGCCCUCCCCCCCACCAGGUUCACUUCUUGGGCAGGGACCUUACUCCUACUACCGACAGCAGGAACGCACCUCAAACCAGUCAGCAUCCCAGAAGCCAUCUGGUGCUCAGGUCCAGCAGCAGAAGGGACCUACACCACCUCCAUCAAAUGCCCUGCUUAACCAGACACAGGGCGAAGAUGAAGAUGAAACAUGGCGUCAGCGGAGGAAGCAAUCAUCGUCUGAGAUAUCUGCAGCGGUGGAGCGUGCCAGGCGUCGCCGUGAGGAAGAGGAGCGCAGGAUGGAAGAAGAGCGCCGUGCUGCAUGUGCUGAAAAGUUGAAGAGGCUGGAUGAGAAGCAGCAGCAGCAGCAGCAACAACAACAGCAGCAGCAGCAGCAGAAGCCCAGUGCUGCUGCAGAUGUUCCUGCAAACAGCCCCACCCCUUCCUUAACUGCUUCAGUCUCUUCAUCCAGCACCAGUCAGCCCCCAUCACCCUGUGUGGACACAGAGGAACCGCCUCUCUCAUCCGCUCAGUCGGGUGGCGCUACACUGGUGCUGAAUGUUAAUAACAGACAAAGAGCUGGCAGCAACAGCAGCUAUGACUCUAACACGGAGUUGCAGCAGGUUGCUCAGCCUCCUGCCCCCCAGCAUCAGCAGGCCCAUGAUGUCCCAGGACCAGGGGAAGUAAAGGAGGAGCCCGUGUCAAGUGUCUCGCACAUUCGCAGAAGUGGAGAUGAGACUGUGAAGGUAGAGGCAAUUACAGGAGGAGCAGUAAGGCCAGGGGGUGGAAUGCCUGGCCAGGGCUUUUCCAAGUAUCAGAAGUCCCUCCCACCUCGUUUCCAGAGGCAACAGCAGAUGUUGGAUUACAUUUGUAAUCAGGAGAGAGAGAGAAUGGUGAACUCUAAUCCACAUGGAACUGAGGGCUUAAGCAACCACUCCUGCAGAAAUGAACAGCUGCUGAAACAGCAGCAGCAAUGGCAGCAGCAGCAACACAGCCAGGUUGCACAAGCCCAGCUCCAGUCCCAAGCGCCUCAGCAAGGCCCGACUCCCGGUGCCACACCACAGCAAGGUCCUAAACAGCCUGCUCUAUACCCACCCAGCUCCAUGGGACGUCCUCCACCUCUGCCCAUGAACUUUGACCCUCGGUGGAUGAUGAUGCCCUACAUGGACCCUCGCAUGAUGCAAGGUCGCCCCCCACCCAUGGAUUACUAUCCAGCCAGCAUGCAUCCCACUGGGCUGAUGAGUCGGGAGCGCUCAGAUUCUGGUGGCUCUGGUUCGGAGCAAUUUGAUAGGCAGCAACAUGGAGGUCCUCCGCAUUCUCAUCGUGGCACACCACCCAUGGAUCCUAAACUGGCUUGGGGCCCAGAGGUUUUCCCAGGGAGCGGAGAGGGUCGGGCUUUGAGUUCCCCCUUAAGGCAGAAACAAGCUCUGGAGGAGGAGGACAUGGGCAAAGGUGUCAGGAGUGACACUCCUCCAGUACGCAAUCGAGACGGAGGAACAGGUUCCAUUCAGCCACCUGUUGUGGGCGCUAACUCUCCUUCUGGCUCCACUGACCAGGCAAUAUCCCCUGUGGGGACUCAAGCUGGCCAUCACCAGCCCUUCUUGGGAGGGCGUGGUAAUUAUACCAGCUUCCCAGAUAAUGGAUCCAGGAUGGUUUCUCAUCCACAACAGAGGGUUAAUAGUGCUGGAGAACUUCGUGGCUUUGGCCAUCAAGAUGAAGCCCCACAGGGUGGCCAGCAGAGUCAAAUUUGGGGGGCUCCACAUCCCCACUUUGACCGCAAUGGUCGUGCUGAUCUCGCCCCCUUGGAGAACAACCCCCAUUUGCAGCAUCACCAUGCUCAUCCCUCACGUUACACUCUCCAUACACACAAACAGGAGAAUGGUAGAGAGCGAGAAAGAGGGGGAGAUUCCAAGAAGACCGAAACCUCCCCUCCACUUCCCCAGCCAUGCCUUUCUUCCUCCUGCUCUUCUUCUUCCUCUUCCUCUUCAGCUCGAGAGGAUGGCAGCGGAAAGCAGUCACAUCAUCAUCCCCCACGCCAGCAUGAGCAUGACACUGGACCCAGGGGUGUUGGUGGACGGAAACAGGACAAAACAGGCAAUACCUACCCUCACACACAGUCCUCCCAGCAUUCAGUGCAGCAGCACCACUCCAAAUCUAUUUCUCGUGGUCGAGAGCAAAAGACUGAAACUCAGUGGGGCCCAAGGCCUGGAAGCAGUGGUGGACAUAACAGAAAGGGAGGCUCUGGAAUGGGUGGAAACACAGGAGGGGAAGAUUUGACCAGUCAGACUGAUAAGCCUGCUGUUCAAUCAGGAGGUGGUAACCCCAACAAGCGAGUAGGUCCUAUUAAGCGGCCUGUGCUGAAGGAAAUGAAGAGGGAGGUUGGUGAAGGUGAAGGGGGAGAGAAAAACGCUGUAGGCUCUGCAAAAGAUAAAGAUCAAGAUGCCAAUCAGGCAUCUGCUAAGCAAGCAUCAGUUUCCAGUUCUCAAACCUCAUCUGGACCUUCUGGUAAAGAUGAAACUGCUCCUCUAGGAAAGGCAAGAAAUGGUGGCAAGGACAGAGGUACUGGUGGGGGCAUGAAUAAAGCAUCCAAAGAAGGAGAAAACUCUGUCCAAGCCACUGGCUCUUUAGCUCCACCUUCUAGGAGGGACCGAGAGCAUUCUUAUGAGACAGGGGGCGCUACAUACCAUGCGGGCUCUUCCAGAGGAAACCGAGCGAGCCGUGGAAGGGGGGAGUUCUAUGGUCGAGGUAGAGGCUACAGGGGCAGUUAUGCAGGCAGUGCCCGUGGUAGGGCUGGGGGCAGAAGCAGCCGAGACUACAGAUCUGCCGCCAACAGUGGCUAUCAGCAUGGCUCCUCUAACCAGGAUCAUAAGAGGGAGGGGUCAUCUGGCAGACAUGGCCAAGGAGGCUCUCAGCCAAACCCUGGACGUGCCAGGAACCACAGUGAAACCCGAAGCGAAGGCUCAGAGUAUGAAGAAGUUCCGAAAAGAAGGCGGCAAAGGGGUUCUGAAACGGGCAGUGAGAGUGCUGCUAGUGACCUUGCACACUCUGACAAAGAGGAUCGAAAGCCAUCUACCAAGAAAGGAACAGGGGGAGAGAACCUAAGUAUGGGCAAUGCAUCAUCUUCAGCGCCGCCAAGAAAUACCCAAACCAGAGUGUUCACCCCUAGAGGAGUGCCAUCUCGACGUGGCAGGGGUGGAGGUUCCGCUGGAGGAGGUGUCUACAGAAAUUCAGGCAGUGGAGGAGGUAUGUCUGGUGGACAUCGUUCUGGGCCUGGUUCUUCUUCUCAAAGUGUAUCUGCUAAAUCCAAUGUAUCAGCCCGAAAGCAACACGCGCACCCGCAGCCCUCCCUAAUAAAAGAAACAAGCCAUGGAUCUAAUGGAGAAAAGAAAGAGAAGGCUAUUGAGCAGGGUCAGUCUCAGAACCAGGGUGUAAACUCUUCAUUAAUCUCUGGUCCUACGGUUCCUACAACUGCCCAGUUGGGCACUGAAAAUGGAAGUGUGGCCCAGACCUUAAGCAACACCAAUUCCAUUUCUUCUGGAUCUAAACCAGUUCCUUUGCCUAAUGCAGAUGGACGAAACAUUCUGCAUAGAGGAUUUGAGCGUCCCCCUCGUCGCAGGCGCCAUGGGCGCUCCCAGCAUCAGCAAGACAAGCCCCCCAGAUUCCGCCGGCUUAAACAGGAGCGAGAGAAUGCAGCCCGUAUCAAUGGAAGUAGUGGAAUAAUUGAAGCUGUGGGUGGACAACAGCAGCAGUCUGCUUCACCAUCCCAGAAUUCAGUGCAAGAUGGAACACCUAACGUAUCCACUACCACUGGUGUUGCAAAUACAAAUCACAAUAUCUCGACAACCAACAAUAACAAUAGCAGCUAUCUUGGGGGUGGGAGCCUGAAUUUGAAUAGCCACCACCAUCACCACCAUCCCUACCAUGGCAACUCUGGCCUGCCCCAUUCUCAGCACCAUCAUAACCACAACCAGACUGGUGGUGCCAAAUCUCCAGAUGUCUCCAACCAGAACUCUGAUCAGGCCAACGAGGAAUGGGAAACUGCCUCUGAGAGCAGUGACUUUGCAGAGUUUCGAGAUCGGGAAGGUGGAGGAGGGGGUGGAAAAUCCUAUUCCUCUUAUCACCAUCACCAUCCUUCAGGAAGAGGAGGGGGAGGUGUUGACCGAGAGAUAACUACUAAAGAAUCGGCCGCCAAUAAGAGGAGCUUCUCCAGCCAGCGGCCUGGAAUGGAAAGGCAGAAUCGGAGGGUCAGCACUGGUGGAAGUGGUGGUCGAGGUUCCAGAGGUCCACCUGCCAGUGGUGGACCGGGUGGCGUAUCGGGUAAUGGAGGGGCCAAUCGUGGCGAAAGGCGUGGCAACUGGCCAUCUCCCAAGAACAGGAAGUGAAUCCCCCACCCUUUUAAUUUUGCAGCAUUUCAAAUUCAUCCCUCUUUUUCUCUUCCCACUCAUCUCUCGAUUCUCAUCCCCGAGCAUAUUACCACAUUAUUAAUAUUAUUAAUAUUAUGAUUAUUAUUGUUGUACAAGAUAUAGUUAUGAAGAUGAUGUACACACUCAUUCUUUCACCCUUGGUUUAAUGCUUUUUGUUUUUGUUCCUUUUAUUUGUCCAUGCACACCUUGUUUCCUUUCACACAAGCCCCAAGUUCGACUCAGAUUAGAGGUCACAUUACCUUAAUUGACAACCCUUGAGAUAUUAAAAAAAUAAAAAAUAAAAAAAAUUUUUUGCAUAUACAAGCACAAUAUGACCUCAAACUGACACACGGAUACUCAACAUGUGACUGCAGUGUGUAGGAGGCCUACAUUAGUAGCAUGGAGUAGUGUCUGGAAGUAUUUAUGGAAGGCCAAUGUUUGUGAUGUCCCUGUAUUUAUACAAUGUUGGCGGGGGGGGGGGAUAGAAGUUCAGCAUAUUUUUCAGGUUGGAAUCGGGAUUAGGUGUGCAGUUACUCUUUUAAUAUGAAAAUAUUUUCCAUAGAUUUUGCUUCUUUUUCUUUCCCCCACCUUUUUGUGUUGUCUUUCCUUUGACCUCAUUGUUCAGUUUACAUUUCAUAUUCCCUCCCUUCAAAAGUUAGGGCUGUAAUGUUUCUUUUCUUCUGAAAAGCAGGUCAUUAAAAUGCAUUUUUUAAUCAACAUCCUUCUUGAUUGUUUUCUCAAUGUUUCAGUUCAUUGCUAAUUUCUGCUUGUCCAACCUAUGAAGUACUAAUGCACACAUUUACAGUUUCUACUGGCAUUGCUGUAGCUCCUUGUUCAGAACUGGUGUGACCUUUUUAAUUCAAGAUUGUUGGACAGUUGCUUCUCUGCUCCUGCUUUUUCUUUUUUAAAUAAAGUUGUUUUUUUUUCUUUGCCCCAGCAGGUCAUUUGCCUGUUUCAGCCUCUGUAUAGAAAAUUAAUUUUAUUGCUUGCAAACAGAGGUCUCAACUUUUUCCCCUUCCUGAAAAAGCAAGUAUUCUGACUAUAAGAAGAUGGAAUUUGUGGGCUUGGAUAACUUUUUACUCCUCCUUUAUCCGCUCCUCCACCCAGAAACAUCAUUUUAUGUCACCAUUUCUUCAACAGCCUACCCUUAUUCUCAUUUAUAAUGUAGAAUACUAUACUGACUAUUUGAAGAACCAUCCAAUUUAAAUGUGCUUUUCUUUUUAGAAUGCAAGUACCUUUGCACUGUUAGGCACGCUCUCUCUCUCUCCUUUUUUCCUUUUAUUUUUCCUCUCCAUCUCAGCCAUGUUUUGUGCAUCUAUUAAGUGUCAUAUUACAGUUCCUUUUAAACCAAAAUAGGCAGCAAGUAUUGCAUUACAUUUGCUCACCAGUUCUGGUAAAUGUAGAGUGAAGAAUUAAGUGAUCACUUUCCAUUUAGUUUCCAUCACGUCUUGCUUUUAAGAAGUAGUAGGAUGAACCUAAGUGCUGCUUCUGCUUGAUGCGGUGUGGCUGGAGUAUUGGCGACAUCUCAGGAGGACUGGACGGCAGACGUUUCUCACACAAACUUCACAUCACCUUGUUUAAUUUUUUUUUUUAAGCCAAUGAGCUCGUCACCUAUUUUGAAAAGUGUUGCAAAGUUAAAUGUGCAAUACACAUAGGAAUUGCAUUUUAACCACACUCAAAAUAAAAUCAAGUACACAUCUGAAUUGUAACAGGCACAAGGACAUGCCCUUGUGUAUUCUGACCAGCAUAGAUAUUUUACUACUGCUGUAAGUUGGGGUUUGUUUUCUGGAUAUGCCUGUGUUUGGAGAGUAGUUUGGAUAACUGAAUGAAUAGAGCUUCUAAAUGAAAUGUAUGAGUGUGUGUGUGUGUGCAUUAUCUCUACUGUAUGUAUAUUUUUGGGGUGGGUGGCCUAAAAAGUUUUGUUUGUUUUUUUUUCCUGGUAGAACAAUUAUUUUUCUUUUUCUAACCCUUUUGUGGGAUGACACUAGGAUGUUUAUAACCAUGUUCAUUAUAUACAUUCAUGGAUAUGCAUUUGAGUGUGCCUGUUUAUCCAACUGAAGUACUUGCAGUGAAAAUCAUUUAACAUCUCGUCUCUCUAUGGGUAUAUUUUACUUUCUUUUUUCCUUUUUUUUUGGGGGAGGGGAGUCCCUCACUGCUGACAUUUUAGCAUGAACACAUCCUCACUGGCAUCUCGGCCAGCCUGAACAUUGGCCACCAUGCAUCAGGCUCUGAGUGCUAUCUAUCCUUUAUCCUUCCUUCUUAAACAUUUAGCUAUCUAUCAAUGUGGUCAUUAUCAUAUGUACCCAUGUUUAAUGAGUAAAUAAUACUACCCAUUCAAGUGUAUUCCUGGAGUACUCAAAGAUUGUACUAUACUUCCGACCGCACUAAGGUACCUGAAGUGGUUACAGCGUUUAUAGCAUUUAUGGUUUAUUACUGGAGCCUUGAUAUACACACAUGUAUGUAUAUUGGUAUGUAUCGAAGUUUGUCUACCCCAACUUACAUUCCCAAAAAAAGAUUGUUGCCAUUUUUAAUUUCAUGGGAGCAAUGUACAAGCAGAGAAGUGUCUUAUUAUAAUAAAGUAUACAGAGAAAAAGAGUUAAAUAAAAAUCUUUUUGUUUUAAUGUAA